UCAAGUUGAAAACCAGCACAGAUUGGUGCCCAGUGGAUUUGGGUGAGGUUUUUAGCAGCAGAGCAGAAUUUCUAGUACUGAAUGCAGAGAUGUGCAAGGCCACAGCCCGAGGGGAAAAUGAGAUUUCAAAGUCUAGAGACAUAUUCAUUCUUUUUCAGCCACCUAAGGCUGUUUAUUUAUUUGUACCGUAAGUAAGUAGUAUAACCAACAACAAAAUUUUCCGGUUUUGAUUUUACAGGGCAAGUGGUCCUGAAGUAAGGGGUGGAGAGGGACAAGGUCCCCAAUUGCUGCAGGGUGGUGUCUGUGCGCCCCCUGCUGGGGGAGCUGAGAUAUACUCUUCUCAGAAGGAUGGGGACCCUGGGUGCCUGGCCAAAGUUUUUCCCAGCACAAUAGGGACCGUUCUGCUGUGGGAAGGACAGCAUAUGGUACCAGAGACAGAAGCUGAUUCAUGGACCCUUGAAGUGGGAAUAGAUCUUUUCAGGGCAUGAGAACAAUAGACAGCUGGAUAAAGGCCCAGGUGUUGUCUGGGACACUGCUCCCACGUUCAGGAAGCCGACCUUGUGGGUGAGGACAUGCCGUUCUCCAGCCAAGUUAAUAACUUCCUCCCCCCAGCUGAGGAAUAUAGCUCUGCGUCUACAGCUCCUGCUCAAACUGUCUACUAAAACCACCCUGCAGCUCAGGAUCCAAAGAGCAUGGUCACAGGAAGGUGGGGUUUCAGGAUACCCCUCAGGGACUGCCCUUCUCCCCAGAAUUCCAUCAUGAAGGUGCACAUGCUUGUAGGUGUGCUGGUCAUGGUGGGCUUCGCAGUGGGAAAAGCUCCUGUUCCUGAAGUCCGGACCUGCCACCUCUGCCUCUUAGAAGACCCUUCUGCAGGGUGUAUUUCAGGCUCAGAGAAGUGCACCAUCAGCACCCCGUCACCGUGUAUGGUGAUCACCAUCUAUUAUGAUACCAAGAUUCGUUUCCUCAUCCGAGGCUGUGGACAGUAUAAUUCUUACCGCUGCCAAGAAAAACGUAAUACCUACUUCUCAGAAUACUGGUACCAGGCCCAGUGCUGCCAGUAUGAUUACUGCAACUCCUGGUCUAGUCCCCAGGUCCACAGCUCCCUGCCUGAUCCCCUGGCUGAUCCUCCAGCUGGGGCUGGGGCCUGGGCCCUGCCCCUGUCCGAGUCCCAGAUCCAGUGGUUCUACCAGGCCCUGAAUCUCUCACUGCCCCUCCGCAGCUUCCAUGCUGGGAAGGAGCCCAAAGGCCUGGACCCCCUGGCCAUCCUGCCCCUGAACCUGAACUUGUCCAUUGCUGACCUACAUCACAUAUAUUUGUUCCUCAACAAUUCAGGACUUUUGGUUCUUCCCUGGGCUAGGCCCUGAUGGCUUAGGCUUCCUGGAUUUCACUCCAUUCCAGCAUCUUUUCUCUAACACCACAGCCCCCUGUGCUGCCCUCCUAGAGCACCCAUGUUCUCUGCUCUUUGAUUUCUCUGACCUCCCUUCCGCAGCAGGACUGUGGCUUUGGGAUCUUUUCUUUCCCAGAAACUGGCAGUGCUGCCCCUCCUAGAAAAUAAUGAGUUCAGAAUCUGCCCAGGCUGGCCUGGGGAAGGCAUAGUGGCUUUCUCAUCCCUUUCCUGUCACCGGAGCCUGUCAUCCCCCCUCAUCUUUCAAAUCCUUUGUCAGUCUGGUCACCUGCCCCCGUUUAGAUCUGGUUGUAGAUCACAUCCUGUGCCUAUCUUGAGACCCAGACUGAACUUGCAACAAGAAGAACGAAGGGUAGACUUCCCUGCACACUUUCUGACUAGGCACUGUGUUGUCCCUGCCUCAUUGCCUCCACCCCCACCCUUGCUCUGGUCGUCUGUUUCUCUCCUCUCUUGUUGCAGUCCCUGGCCUCCUCAGCCCCACUGACACCCACUUGAGUAGAUGCCAAAGGAGAGGAGAGGUGAGGGUCUGGCCUGCUCUGCUCCACAUCUCCUGCUUGCUCUCCACAACCUCCACAAUAAAUGGACUGGGCUGA